UAUGGAAAAUAAGUUGUAUGACUGUGGAGUUGCCAGCCUCUGUCUUCUCCCCUCCGGAUUUCUGAAGCAGUGCAUCAUUUUCUUCAGUGCAGUUUCUCCGCAGCUUGUGACCCGCGGCCCAGUUCAUCGGCAGUGAGGAGCCCAGCCAGGCUCGGUGGCACUAGCCAGGGAAACACACCAUGGCGGACGGGAUAGUUGUGCUGACAUAUAAGGACCAGCUCUCCACCCUGUGACCAACAGCACAUGGGACCUAGAGACGAUCCUUGGUUGCUACGUUCAACAUGGCUUUGCAGAUUGCUCCCUGCCCUUUCACUGGUGUGACGAUGAGGCUGGCACUUCAGCACUACGUGCUGACGCUCAUCGCCAUGGUCGCCCACAUCUACAAGCACCCCAGCAUAAAGAAUUCCAUCAGCGUGGUGGUGGUGAAGAUGCUGGUCGUGGAAGAUGAGGACCUGGGGCCGUCUGUCUCCAGCAAUGGGGGUGUGACGCUGCGCAGCUUCUGUGCCUGGCAGCAGCUGUUCAACCCCCCCAGCCAGAGACACCCGGAGCACUAUGACACAGCUCUACUCUUCACCAGAGAGGACAUCUGUGGGCACCAGAGCUGUGACACGCUGGGCGUUGCUGACGUGGGCACCAUGUGUGACCCCAAGAGGAGCUGCUCCGUCAUCGAGGACAACGGGCUGCAGGCUGCUUUCACGACCGCCCACGAGCUUGGUCACGUGCUCAGCAUGCCACACGACGACUCCAAGAACUGCCAAGGCCUCUUGGGGCCCCUGGGUCAGCACCACCUAAUGGCCCCCCUGUUCGUGCACCUUAACCGCAGCCUGCCCUGGUCGUCCUGCAGCGCCCUCUACAUCACGGACUUCUUUGACAAUGGACAUGGGGACUGUCUGCUGGACGAGCCUGAUGCCGCCCUGUCCCUCCCCACGCGGCUGCCGGGCCAUUCCUACGGGCUGGACCGACAGUGCCAGCAGACCUUCGGCGAGGAGUUCGCUCACUGCCCCAACACGUCAGACUCAGACAUCUGCAGUCAGCUCUGGUGCAGGGAGUGGGGGGAACCGCAUUGCACCACCAGGAAUGGCAGCCUGCCGUGGGCAGAGGGCACACCGUGUGGAGCUGGCCGAGUCUGCCAGGAGGGGCUCUGCGUGGCGGCAGACGAGGCUACACCACCCAAGGUGGCUGUGGAUGGCAGCUGGGGGGCUUGGUCACCAUGGGGACGUUGCUCUCGGACCUGUGGCGGUGGGGUGGAGUUCUCGCACCGGCAGUGCACCAGCCCCGAGCCGCAAAACGGCGGGAGGUACUGCGAGGGCCAGAGGGUUAAGUACCGCUCCUGCCAGACGGGGGCCUGCGGGGGCGACGGUGGGAAGAGCUUCAGGGAAGAGCAGUGUGAGAAAUACAACAGCUUCAGCUACCUGGACAUCCACGGAAAUGUCAAGGAGUGGAUCCCAAAGUACGCUGGAGUGUCGCCCCGGGACAGGUGCAAACUCUUCUGCAGGGCAAAAGGCAGCAGUGAAUUCAAGGUGUUUGAAGCCAAGGUUGUUGAUGGCACCACAUGCGGCCCCGACACCACCUCCAUCUGCGUGCAGGGCCAGUGCGUCAAGGCGGGCUGCGACCAGGAGAUCGGAUCCAAUGCCAAGCUGGACAAGUGCGGGGUCUGUGCCGGGAAUGGAUCUAGCUGCCGGAGAGUCGCCGGUGCUCUCAGCAAGGCCGUCUACGGCUACAGUGAUAUUGUCACCAUACCAGCUGGGGCCACCAAUAUCGACGUGAAACAGCGCAGCCACCGCGGCGUGAAGCAUGACGGUCACUACCUGGCCAUCCAGGCAGAGGACGGCAGCUACAUCCUGAACGGGAACUUUUCUGUGUCGAUGGUGGAGCAGGACAUCCCGGUGGCAGGGGCCGUGCUGCGCUACAGCGGCUCCUCCACCACACUGGAGCGCAUCCAGAGCUUCCAACGGCUCCGGGAGGCCAUCACCAUCCAGCUGCUAGCCACUGCGGGGGAGGCCUCCCCCCCCAAGGUCAAGUACACCUUCUUCCUCCCAAAGGACGUGCCAUUCAGCAAGGCCAAGGAGAAGAAAGGUUCUCCACAUGUGAUCCAGCCACUGGGGGUGCCCCAGUGGUCUUUGGGCGAGUGGUCAGAAUGUUCCAAGACCUGCGGCUCCGGCUGGUCACGGCGUGACGUUGAGUGUCGAGACACUGGCGGUUUCCUUUCUGAAUUGUGUGACCAGGACCUGAGGCCUGCAGAUAUUCGGGCCUGUGCAGACCUGCCCUGCCCAGUCUGGCAGAUGGGCCCCUGGUCCUCCUGCUCUCGAACUUGUGGUUUGGGCGUCCGUCGUCGCAGCGUCUUUUGCACUGACUACACAGGCAAGACAGUGGACCCAGAGAGGUGCGAUCCGGCCCGCCUGCCUGAGCCAGUGUCAGGGGAGUGUCUCACCCAGGAGUGCGAGGGCCUGGCAGUACAGGGCGGGCAGUGAGGGCGACCUGAGCAGCAGAGUAGUGACCUACUAACCAGCCUUGACCGUGCUUCCAAGACAAGCAGGAAAACUGUAGGUUGAAACAGAGUGGAUAGUGCACUAACUGACCCGAGCAAGUUAUGAGGCAAUGGCCUAUUUCUAAGAUUAACUUAAAAAGUUUUGUUGUUGUCUUUGUGUGUUUUUUUAAUGAAUAACCACUAUUGACAUUUUUUAACCCAAUAGAGAUCUACCUCAGAGUAUGUAAGAUUGUUACAGAUGUUAGGUGACGAUACUGUAUGCUUUUUCUAGCCACAAAGGGAAGCUGCCUUUGCAUGUGUCCUACUGACAGACACCGUUGGAGUAUCAGAUACUUUCUCCAUUCCAUUGCAGAAUCUGUUUUUCUACAGCUCAGGCUAAGCAAAAAAAUUGACCUUGUCCAGAAACUUGACCGGUUAGACUAAUUUCUAAUAUUAACUGUUGCUAUAAUCAGCCAUAUUUAAAGUACAGAAAACAUUCAUUUCCUUUUGUUUUAUAAUUAUUUUGAAAAAAAAAAUAAUCAAAUGUGAGGAAUAUUAUUAAAAUAUGGUUCCUGAUCCAUUUAAAGUAACACAAAACAACAAGCCCUAUUUCUACGGCGACACUGUACCUGAAAACCAUUGACAAUGGGCUGCCUCUUUUCAUGAUCAGUUCAGGCCAAGUCAUGUAACAGUCUGUGCCCAAUGUCUGAAGAUUAUACUAGAAUAUUAUUUAUUUCGGGCUUUAUUUUUUGCCUUUUUACAGAACCUGGAAUUUUAGGGGCUUCAUGCAGGUCUCAGUAAGACGUGCUUUUAGCCUCAUGUGGAAAUUUGAAUAUAUUAUGGGCCAACACAUCUCUGCAUAUUUGACAAGCAUGGAUUUAUUGUAGCUAGUUUUACCUCUGUGCAGAUAGCUCUGAAAAAACGUCAUUCUUACCCAUUACGCAGUUUAUUUUCUCACUGCUUAUUUGGCAGUUUAAGUUUCAAUAUUCUUGCUGCUUUUCAAGAGAUGUAUUACUCUAGAUGUUUACAAACAAAGUUUUUUCCUGCUUAAUGAUGAAAAAGCCGCAGUUUGAUAAUGUAUGACAAGCAGGGACUCACCUUGUCAAGAACCACCAACAUGGGAAUGUAAAAAGCCUUAGAAAUGUCUCCCCUUUGUGACGGAAGUGCAUCACUUAGUGACUUAGUAAAUCAUAUAUUAAUUUAUAUACGUAGGUACGCUUAUGUGAGGAUAUCAGAUUUUUUCACUUGUAAAAGGAUGAAUAGCCUCAGAGUUGACCUUCUCCUUGCAAAUACAGUCAGGAGUCAGAUGUAGUGCAGAGCAGUGAGACAGGGUCGGUGGGCCUGCCUGCCUUUCCUUCUGUCCAGUAGAGUAAAGUAGACCUAGCUUAUAUGUCUUCGAGAGCGGCUCCCACUGUGGAGGAGUGUGAUUAGAGACAAAGAGAGACUCGACCAAAGAAAGCACAUGUGAAGCGUGGCCAAAGGUCAGGACACCUCCAUGACAGGAAAAUGAAGGCCGGCACAUUCAAAAAUCUAUCGCAUUGAUUUCAGUGAAACUCAACUCAAAAUUCAAACCGAAUACAAUGCUUUUAAAAAUAAAUCUGUGUUUUUUCUGUUGUUCUAAAUAUAUCUUUGUGGAAUUGUGUGAUGUAUCAUUCCGGACAUGUACAAAAGAUUUUUAAAAAGUAAAUCCAAUACAUAACGGCGUUGUAUCCCUUCAGUGAAGGACUUAAGUCUUUUAUUAUUUUAGCUUCCGUUCAAAGCUAUUUAUUUUUGUAAAUUUUGUAUCUUUUGGACAUCAGAUUAUAAAAGUUUUUGAGAUGCUGCUGUCUUCCAGAAUAAUAUGUAAUUCACAAAGUUGUAAAGUAAAAUAUGAGAAUAAAGAUGUCUCUUUUAACGCCA